AUGUCUACUGUAGCUGUUGAACAAAUCGCACCCAAGAUCGGCGAUGCAUUUUUCUCUCAAAACUGCGUGGAUUUGAUUUCUCGUGAUUUAGGUGGUCAAAUUAUUGCCCGAAGUGAUGACUUUUUCGCAUCAGCAGAAAAUCUAAUUACGCCUACUGCUCCGAUUCGCAGGGAAGGUGUCUUUGUAGACACUGGCGCUUGGUAUGAUGGAUGGGAAACUAGAAGACAUAACUCUGAACCCUCCGACUGGGUGAUUGCCAAGGUAGGUGCUUCCAGUGGUCGUAUUGCUGGGAUUGAAAUCGAUACAGCCUACUUUAUUGGUAACCAUGCGCCGGCUGUGAGUGUUGAAGCUACAUUUUCUCCCAAUAAAGUUCCCGAUACUAAUGCAUUUUGGACCCCGAUUCUUCCCAAAGUAUCGUGCGGACCUUCUCAGCGACAUCUUUUCCGGCUGAAAACGCCUUCGGAUCAAAGCUAUACACAUGUACGUUUACAAAUGUAUCCCGACGGGGGAAUCGCUCGUUUCCGUGUGUACGGGAAUGUUGCUCCUGUGUUCCCUGCCGACUUGGACGUUCGUCUGGAUCUGGCUCAUAUGUACCUGGGAGGUCUAGUGGUUCAGUGCAGUGACCAACACUUUGGACGAAAAGAUAAUCUUAUCUUGCCUGGCCGGGGCGUUAACAUGGGCGAUGGCUGGGAAACAGCUAGGAGCCGAGAGCCUGGUCAUGUUGAUUGGGUUAUCGUGAAACUUGGUACUAAAGGCUAUAUUGAUGAUGUCCUUGUCGAUACCAAUCAUUUCAAGGGCAAUUAUCCCAAGGAAGUCAUCUUGGAGGCAACUGACUCUCCUGACCAUGUCCCUGGUCCCCAUUGUAUUUGGGAGACCAUCUUAACAGCUCAAAAACUCGGUCCUCAUAUGGAACAUACCUUCUUUGAUCUUGAUAACGUUUCUACUCCUAAGACGCAUGUCCGUAUGAUCAUUGUUCCUGAUGGUGGUGUAAAGCGUCUGCGCAUUUGUGGCCGACACGUGAAAACACCGCAAAAAUGA